UCUCCUUCUCCUUUUUUAUUCUUAAUUAUUUAGUUAACACGAAUAAAGGCAUGAACCGAGUUUGUUCGCCUUAUUUUGAUCCAGAUUUUGAUAGCCUAGCUGAGAGGAUAAAUGGCCCAAAAUGUCGAGUUACUAUUGACAAUGAGAGUCUAGAGAAUUGUACAGUAGUGAAGAUUGAUAGUGUAAAUAAGCAAGGUCUCCUGCUGGAAGUAGUGCAAGUGCUAACAGAUAUGAAUCUCAUUAUAUUGAAAGGCUAUAUAUCUUCCGAUGCUGGAUGGUUCAUGGAUGUGUUCCAUGUCAAAGAUGAGCUCGGUAACAAAGUUACCAAUCAAAGAGUUGUCAACUAUAUUCAAAAGGCGAUUGGGGCAAAUAGGGAGGGAAUAGAGAAAUCAAAGACAGGAAGUAGAAAAUAUUUGAAAUGUGAUGAAGCUAGAGCAAUUGAAAUGACUGGAAGAGACAGGCCAGGACUAUUUUCAGAGAUAUCAGCUGCCCUAGCUGAUCUCCAUUGCAACGUUGUGGAAGCACAUGCAUGGAGCCAUAAUGCACGUUUAGCUUGUGUUGUUUACAUAUCAGAAGAGUCUACUGACAAACCUAUUGACCACAAUCGCCUGGCAGCAAUCGAAGAUCACCUCACCACAGUGCUCCGAGCAACAACUUCUCCUCGCAGCACAAAUGAAGAAAAUGUCAAACAACAAGAAGUGAAAACCGCUUAUGGACUUAACCCUGAAGGAGAUCAAGGCACGGUGACUGAUGUUGAACGUAGACUACACCAGCUUAUGCUAUCAGUUCGUGAUUUUGAAAGCCCUAUAAUAAUGGGGUCUCCAAGAUUAGUUGACAGUAAGGAAGAGAAAAUGUUGAGUGUGUGUAUUGAGAAUUGUCAUGAAAAGGGAUAUUCAAUCGUCUCUAUACAAUGCAAGGAUCGUAAGAGGCUCAUGUUUGAUACUGUUUGCACUCUUACAGAUAUGCAAUAUGUAAUCUUCCAUGCUUCUGUUGAUUCCCGUGGUGAUUAUGCAUUUCAGGAAUAUUUCAUCAGGCAUGUUGAUGGAUAUGCAAUGAGCACAGAGAGUGAGAAAGAAAGAGUAAUAAAGUGCUUGGAAGCUGCUAUAGAACGAAGAGUUUGCGAGGGAAUCCGGUUAGAACUAUGUGCAAAUAAUAGAAUAGGAUUGCUCUCAGAUAUUACUCGGGUUCUUAGAGAGAAUGGUCUAGCUGUUGUUAGAGCAGAUAUAGCAACUGAAGGAGGGAGAGCAAGAAAUACAUUCUACUUAAGAGACAUUUCAGGAAAUAAUAUUGACAUGAAAUUUGUCAAAUCAAUGAAGACUGAGAUGGGAGAAAUUGAUGUUGCUGUCAAUAAUGAGACAACCACUACUACAACAACAACAACAACCAACACAAACAACUCCAUGACACGUCCAAGCUCUUUUCGCUCUCUUGGAGAUUUAAUGAAAUCUCAGUUCGAAAAACUCUCCCACAACUUCGUUGCCAUCUAG